GGCGGGGCAGGCGAGCGGCGGCGUUGGUCCGAUCCGGGUAGUACAUCCUCUUGCUGCCGUCGCCACCGGUGGAAUCCGGGCUGCGCAGCAUCCUGCGCCCUGCCCCCCGCUCCGCCGCGCCCUCGCCAGGACCAGCCCGGCCGUUGCGCGCGCCCUACUCUGCGAUGAGGCUGAGCAGCCGCGGCAGGGGAUGCUGCGCGGCGGGCGGCAGAGAGCGCGGCCCGCCCCCGCGGAGCCCCUUCGUACACCAGCUGCGCCUCAGCGCCCUGCAGAAAGCCAAGAUUGCCUUCAUGACCUUGACUUUGUUCCCCAUCCGACUCUUUUUUGCUGCUUUUAUGAUGUUACUGGCCUGGCCUUUUGCAUUCAUUGCUUCAAUGGGAUCUGCUGAGAGAGAACUGGAAAAGCCCCUCUCCUGGUGGCGAAAAGUAGUGGACUUUUUGCUGAAAGCAAUCAUGAGAACAAUGUGGCUUGCUGGAGGAUUCCAUUGGAUAAAUGUAAAGGGCAGACAGGCUUUACCAGCAGAAGCAGCAAUAUUAACUCUGGCUCCACAUUCCUCAUACUUCGAUGCCAUUCCUGUGACCAUGACUAUGGCUUCCAUUGUGAUGAAGGCAGAAAGCAAAGAUAUUCCUGUAUGGGGAACUUUAAUAAAAUACAUACGACCAGUAUUUGUGUCUCGGUCAGACCAGGAUUCUCGCAGAAAAACUGUUGAGGAGAUAAAGAGACGGGCUCAAUCUGAUGGCAAAUGGCCACAGAUAAUGAUAUUCCCAGAAGGAACUUGCACAAACCGAUCUUGUCUAAUUACCUUCAAGCCUGGAGCAUUUAUUCCUGGAGUUCCUGUCCAGCCAGUAGUUUUGCGUUAUCCGAACAAAUUGGUAAGUUUAGCUUGCUCUGUAGAUGUUUUCUAUGUACAGUUCCUCCCUGUUUAUAUACCUUCAGAAGAGGAAAAGAAAAACCCAUCUUUGUAUGCAAAUAAUGUCAGACGUGUAAUGGCAGAGGCCUUGGGAGUUUCAGUAACAGACUACACAUUUGAAGACUGCCAGCUAGCUUUGGCUGAAGGACAACUUCGUCUGCCUUCAAACACCUGCCUUUUAGAAUUUGCAAAGCUUGUGAGAAGCCUUGGGCUGAAACCAGAGAAGCUUGAAAAAGAUCUUGAUAGAUAUUCUCAAAGUGCCAAGAAAAUGAAAGAGAAAAGAGUCAGUCUUAAAGAGUUUGCUGCAUACUUGGAAGUCCCAAUUUCUGACACAUUAGAAAACAUGUUUGCUCUUUUUGUUGAGAAUGAAGACGGUGUAAUUGAUCUACGGGAAUAUGUGACUGCUCUAUCUGUAGUAUGUAGGCCAUCCAAAACUUUAGAAACAAUUCAGUUGGCAUUUAAGAUGUAUGAAUCACAAAAUGGAACCAUAAUAGAAAACGACUUAGCUUGCAUUCUGAAGACUGCCUUGGGUGUGUCAGAGCUUAAUGUAACAGACCUUUUUAAAGCUAUAGAUGCAGAAGAAAAAGGGAAAAUCACAUAUGAUGACUUCUACAGAUAUACAGAAAUGUAUCCAGACUUUGCAGAUGAGUAUCUGUACCAUGAUCAGAUGGAAGUAGAGAAUUGUUUGAAGACUUCUCUUCCAGCCCCUAAUGGAUUCUGUACUGACUUCAGCCCAGAAAAUGCUGACGAUAAAAAGAAUCCCCUGCAGAAGAAACUGAAUUAAUACUGCAGAAAUCCUACUCCUCUCCUGGUGAGAGGAAUAUUUCCUUUCCUGGAAUCGUCAUAGUCACUCCAACUAUACAGCAACACAUAACUUUUGUGUGUGAAAGAUUUACUACCUUAAUACUGUUCUUUAAUUCCCACAUGCUGUAUUUAUCAAUAUCUUCAAGCUUAAUUGUCAGGAGAUGGGUUUUAUUUUAUUUUUUUCAGAAAGGUCUUUGAAAGCCAAUAAUGUGAUGUGCUUCAUUAUUAAUGUGCAUACUUAAAGGGAAGCUACAUAUUUAUUUAUAUUUGAUUGGUUAGUUUCAUGUACAGAAUGUUGCACAAAGUGUGCAUGUAUAAAGAAUUGUAGCUAAUAUGGUGGUGAGUGCACUUUGGUGAUUAGUUUUUUUCCCUGUUUAGGAAGAUGUUUAUUUAGGGCCAGAUCUGUCGUCCUUAUUCACAGAGCAGUCUCACUGAUUUCAGUAGGAUUAUUCUCAUGAGAAAAGCAAGCACAUUUUGGCGCCUUGUGUUGGUUUCAGUAAAUAAUGCAAGAAACAAUUAUGAAAAAAAAUUUUUUUUUUUUUUUUUACCAAGGAUUACUUGCUUUUUAUUUUUGUUGUUAAAUGAUAAAAGUUGUCUCUGUCUUUCAGUCCAUUACAUGGUAGAAUCAAAAGGGAAGGGGCUUUAGUUCCCAUACAUUUAUUCUCAUAUACUUAUCUGCAGAACACAGUGAAAUAUGGAAUGCUUUCAAAACAGACAUGAUAUGUCUAUGUGAACAAAUGUGUGGCAAACAAAUUAUGCUUUCCAUGCUUUUCUGUAAAAUUAUUCAAACAUUUCCACUUAUUAAUUAUAUGAGGAAUUUAUUAAAAUUAAUUCCUUAUGUAUUUAAUUUCGAUAUUAACCAGGAAUCACACAGGUGCAGCUUCUUUGGUAAAAAUCUGACGAUAGAUACACAUGCACAUGUGUGCAUAUACAGUCAAAUACAUGUUGUAAGGUGGAAUAAAGAUUUUUAUCAGCAUGAAUUUGGAAAGAUUGCAUUAGGAGUGGCAAAGCCAUAAGUGAGUUAUAUAAGACAUCCCAAAGGAAUGCCUUAAAACUUUGUAUUACCAUGAUGUAUAUUCUAUAUGAUGCAGAAGUUACCAAAAAAAAAAAAAAUUAGGAAUGUUUUA